AAAGUGUUAUUAUGCUAACGAUGUGUCAUCAACGCAUCAGGACUAGGGUGGGAACUGCAAAUAUUGGGAAAAAUAAGAGUACCAGACUUGUAUUAUUAUUUCAGUAGGGGAUAGUUUGAGACAAGAAAGAGCUAUUGUCUUUGUAAAUAAGCUGUCACGAAGUUAACACGUUAGUAGGACUUGCAAACGUUGCUGCUCGGCGACGUUUAUCUCUCACAACUGAACUGUUAGCAAGCAGGCUAACUGGCUGAUUCCCUGUCUACUUGGGUCCUGACGGGACGGGAGAGAGAUGUCCUGCAGCUUAUUGGAGUUUUGUCGGCUCCAAGAGCUCAAAACAGUCCGGGACUUCUUGUUCAACAGCCAGAAAACCGAGCCAGUGGAGGAGAAAACUCAAUCAGAUAAUGAGUUGUCUUGGGACACAUCUGACUGGGAGUCAGCAUGGGAUAGUGGCGACAACAAAGAGGAGGAGGCCACUUCUGCCACAGUGGCAGAGGAAGAGACCACAGGGAAGAGUGGACCCUGGCUGCAGGACUGCGUUGUGUCCCUGUCGCCAUGCUCCGAUCUGCUGGUGGUGGCCCGUGAACACAAGGCGGUCUUUCUCUCAGCUAAGUGGCGCACUGAUGACAGUGGCAGAGAGGAGAUGACUCUGGCUGUGUCUUGGACUGGAACCCUCAGCACUGAGGAAGGAGAGUGUGUGAGCAGCUCCAUCUGUAUCCCCCUGGCAAGCCAAAAGAGGAGCUCCACAGGGCGGCCUGACUGGACAUGUGUAGUAGUGGGUUUCACCUCUGGCCAUGUCCGCUUCUACACAGAGAAUGGUGUCCUGCUCCUGGCUCAGCUGCUGCAUGAGGAUCCUGUAUUGAGACUCAAGUGUCGCACAUAUGAGAUCCCUCGUCAUCCAGGAGUAACUGAGCAGCAUGAGGAGUUGAGCAUCCUCUACCCUGCUGCUCUGGUCACCAUUGAUGGUUUCAGCCUCUUUCAGUCUCUGCGUGCCUGCAGAAACCAAGUGGCAAGAGCUGCAGCAGCAGGUAGUGAUGUGAUCCAGCCUCCUCCCCUGGCCUAUAAAAAGUGGGGUCUGCAGGACAUGGACACCAUUGUGGACCACAGCAGUGUGGGCGUUAUGACACUGUGUGUGUUUGACCAGAUGAAGAAUGCAUCUAUCCUGGGGGGUUUUAAUGCUUCAGUCAAGGGCAGCCCCCCUGCCAUGAGCCAGUAUAUCACUGUAGGAGGAGGGCCUUACACAGGCUUUUACUAUGCUGUAGAGGGGAGCUCCCAGCCUCUUCUCUCUCAUGUGGCUCUGGCUGUGGCUAGUAAACUCACCUCGGCCCUCUUUAGUGCUGCCAGUGGCUGGCUAGGUUGGAACAAGAACAAGCAUGAAGAGGAGGCUGUUCAGAAACAGAAGCCCAAGGUGGAGCCUGCAACGCCCUUAGGAAUCCGAUUUGGUCUGCCAGAUUCGCGUCGCCACGGAGAGUCCAUCUGCCUGUCCCCCUGCAACAUACUGGCUGGAGUUACAGAUGACUUUGGUCGAGUCACACUGCUGGACCUGGCCAGGGGCAUCACCAUCCGCAUGUGGAAAGGUUACCGAGAUGCUCAGCUGGGUUGGCUGCAGGUUCCAGAGGAGCGGGGUGACCGGGAGUUCUCCCCCUCUGCUUCCCUCCCCAGACGGCACGCUCUAUUCCUGGUCAUCUAUGCUCCCCGCAGGGGAAUUCUGGAGAUAUGGGCCAUGCAGCAGGGGCCCCGAGUUGGAGCUUUCACUGUGGGUAAACACUGCAGGUUGCUGUAUGCUGGUUACCGUCUAAUGGGGGUGAAUAGUGUGACCAGUCAGGGCUGGCAGCUGCACACCCAGCAGGUGUGUCUGCUGGAUCCCAUCACAGGAGCACUGAGGACAGUGAACAUUCCAUUUCACCUGGCCCUUAGUGACAAGAAGAGUGAGCGAGCCAAAGAUAUGCACCUGUUAAAGAGACUGACUACUUUACUAAGGAGCAGAGAGGUGGAGCCUGAUAUUUUGGAGAGCGAAGCCAAAAGUGUGCUGCUGGAUAUUAAACACCCUGCCAUUAAGAAGCAGGCUUUGGAGUCUCUGCUGGCAAAUAAGAAUGCUCCUGUCUCUUGUCUUACGAACAUCACAUGCACCUUGUAUGACACUCUGAAGCAACAGGACCCUGAGGAGGUGGAUACAGACUUACUCCAACUCUGCUCUUCACAGCUGAAACUGCUUCAGCUCUACACUGACAUCCAGCAGCUGCACUCUGCUGCAGGCACGGAGGCCUGCUCUGAAGAUGACUCCCUAGAAGGCAUUAAGGAUGACUUGUCCCGGGUUGGCCCCACCUUGCAACGCUACGCGCAGUUCACUCCAAGACCCAGUGUUUCUUUUGUCCAGGACUCGCCUGAUUCACCUCUGCCUCCCCAAGCCUUUCUCUCCCAGAUGGAGUGCACAGAGAGCGGGGAGUUGAAGGUGAUCCGCAGGUCUGAAACAGAAUGGAACCAACUAGGGAACUUUCUGUUCUGGGGUUGUCUGUGUGGAAAAAGCCCACUCCAUAAAGUCUGUGACACACUACAGCAAGCUGGCAUCAGUCCACAGCAGCUACUGUCUUUGCUGCUGAACGUGUGGUUGCAAAGGGAGAAGGAGGUGCUGCAGAAAUCAGAGGAAACUGUUAGAAACCUACACACACUACUCAUCGCCCUCAGCAACAUGAAAGGUGCAGUUGAGGAGUCAUGGGACCCACAGUCUGUCUCUCCCUGGUGGCAGCAAGUUCGCUCCACAUGUAUCCAGUCCCACAAUGCUGCUGCAGCUCUGCUGGCUGCCUUUGUUGCUCACCGUGCUGCUAAGGCUAGCAUUACCAGCCAUGCUGACAGUAAGUUGCAGUCAGAGUGGGAGGCCGUGUCCCUGGAGCUGGAGCAGUGGGUGGUGUGUGUUCGCCAGCUGGAGGAUGUGCUGGUGCUGCAGACUCUGCUGCUGGUGCCUCCUCCUCAGGGAGCAGCAGGGGGGGCUGCAGCACAGUGCUCCAUCAAAACGCUGUUGGAGGGAGGCACUGGUGGCAUUGCCGACAGCGUCUCCAAGUGGGUGUUCAGGCACAGCUUGGCUCCUGAGCGACUGAAGGAAAUUCUCCAAAAGAGAGAAGACAAAGAAGCAGAGCAGAAGGCAGGAGGAGAAGGAAAUGAUGAGAAGCAGCAGAGCCAAAAGGACACAGACAGGACAGCAGAGCUGUUGGUGGCAGUGUGCCAGCGGUUCCCACACUCGCUGUCACCUGACCUGCUCUUUGCCCAUUGCUGUUGGGAGUAUGUAGUGCAGUGGAACAAGGACCCAGAGGAGGGUCAAUACCUGUGUUGGGCUGUGGAACAUUUGAAGUUGGUCUCCAGUCCACAUAUCCAGCUGGGUAUUUCUGCAAUGAUGUGGAGUACGUUCAUUGUCAAACGAUUCUCAGCAGCAGCCUUCCUCAUGGAGAAGGUGGGGAAAGCACCCAAAGAUCGCUUAUGUAGACGAGAUGUCGGGAUGGGAGACAAAGCUGUGACGUCUUUCCUGGGCUGCUGUGUCCAGCUGCUGCAGAUCCUUAUGGAGUCGGACUCGGCGGUGGAGGAGGUGUCUGCCCCGGAGCUGUCUGUGGAGGAGGUGUGGUGUGGAGCAGAGGGCCCCGCCUCCAUAGCUGAACUGGCCCUGGAGCAGAGAGGCGUCCACUACCCCCUGGUCCAACACCACUGCCUGUUAGCCUCCCUGCUACAUGCUACUAUGACCUUCAGUCUGAAGGUCAAACCACUCAGCCUGUUUGACAGCAAGGGUAAGAAUGCGUUCUUCAGAGAUCUGACGACAAUCCAGCUGAUGCCCAGUGGAGACAUGGACCCAGGCCUGGUCUCACUACGACAAGAGUUCCUCCUGCGGAUGCUGACCGGCUGGGUGCAGGCUAUCGAUGAUCCUUCCAGCUCAUCCUCAGCUGGGUGCCCCCCUCUACCAUCGAGUGGCCCCAAGGCUGACUGGUGGCCCUCGCUGUGUCUGGAGCUGGGAUCACUGCUGCAGGUCAACCCCGACAUCCUGAGACGACACCUCGUCUGUGAGCUCUACAACCAAGGCCUGGACCUCCGUGCAGAGGAGGUGAUGUUAGAGGUGGAGGAUAAGGAUGUUCUGGGCUCUCAGCUGUUGGUGCUGACUGGACAGAGGCUGAGCUACUCACUGCUCCACAGCCAGAGUCAGACGCAGGCUGCUAUGGAGCUGCUGGCCCGCCUGCCCCCCACCCUCUGCACAUGGCUCAAGGCUAUGGACCCCAGUGAGCUGCGGUGCCCCCUGGUCCCCCUGUCCCAGACCAGCCGGCUGGUCAGCCGUCUCAUCGAAAUCCUGCCAGAGAACCACGCCCAGUACAGCCUGGCCCUGCACCUUCUGGAGGCCGUGGAGGCACUCACCACUGAGGACUGACCCUGAGAGGGAAAGGGGGAGAGGAGACAGACCCUCCCCACACUCCACCCCCCAGGUACCACUUCACAAUGCAGAUUGUGGUGAACCCCACUCACAUGCAGCAUAUGAGACUGUCCAAAAAAAAAAAAAGAUGAUUAACAGCCUUCUCACCCUCUCUCCUCAUUAUCAUGGAGGAGGUUUUGUGGUUUGUCAUUGAGCUCAUGUUAAUAUGAUAAAUUCAUCCUCACAACUUAAUUGUAGAAGGCAGUGAUAUACACAGUAUGUUCGGCUUUUAUUUUUUUUAAUCCAUCAUUUUUUGCGCAUUUAACAUAAAUUAUAUUGAAUACUUGUGUUAUUGAAAAGUAUUGUUUUGAGCAUAAGUAUAUGAGAUGUUAAGGAUUGGGGCAUGUCUUUUCACUUCACCUUCAUUUUCAAUCUGUUUAACUUCAGAUGUCAGUGUGUGGGUGUCCUGUGUGCCAUAUCAGACUUGUGUUGGACAUUUCUCCUCCUAUCUUCCCUCUCACAAACCAGAGAUGUAUCAUAAAGAAAUAUGGACCUUUAUUUUUUAUUUAUAUAUGCAGACAGUACUGUACUAGCUGUGCCUGUACACCUCCUUUUCUGUAGUCUUGCAUCCAGCUGCUCCCACUGGGCUAAUCCAACACAGAAUAAAGAGGUUUCUGAAGAGCUUA